AUGGCUGAGGAUCAAAAAGCCAUUGUUGAUGAGUUAAAUAAGGCACUGGCGAAGUCUGAAGGUCUUACCUUGAAGGAUCAUCUGUUCUACCAAGAGACACUGUAUCCUGUCACAGUGUGCAGUGUGGAAAUGUUCCAAGCCCUGGAGAAGCUGGAAGCCAAAAGAGAUAAGGUGCUGGUGUUCUACCCUAAAUGCAGUGUGAACAGGCUUAUUCAGAUUUUAAGUGAUUUGAUAUUUACAACUCUCCUGAGUAAAUCUGUAAGCACAGAGAUCCAGAUUCCACGUGAAAGGAUGAAGGAGAUUCCAUUGCCAAAGAUUCUGGUAACACAUCUGAAUUAUGAUUGUCUCCACAAGUAUGUUUUCAGGAACAAAGCCAAGAUACUAGUGCAGUUUCAAAACCCUAAACAUACAGCUGUUUCAUGUUUCCAUUUCCACAAUAAUUUGCCAAAUGUCCCCAGUUACAGCUCCUGAUUUUUCUCAGAGUUCAUGAAUGGAAAAGGAUGAGGAAGUUACAUGGCACAUGCAGUCACCUGGAACGAACACACAGAGGAUGACACUACUACAAUCAUAAUAUAUGAAGACCUGAAAGAAAGGUGUCACCUGAUUUCAUCACAAAGGCUACUACCUUUUGGUAAAACCCUGUUUAACAUGAUUAGCAUAAGUGCCCUACAAAUAGCAGGCCCUUCAGUCAUGGCUAAUAUUUUACUUUUCUUCGUAUUCGUUGUUGGAGCCUGGAAAAAGUGUUUCACUGAAGCUCAGAACCAAAUGGAUGCCAAAUUGAAAGCAUGCUUAGAAGGAACUAAGCUGGGAGCAAAGUUAAAGUAUUAUCAGGUAUUGAAGACCUGA